GGGCCGAUCCGGGGCUCACAGCGCAAGGGAGGGCUCUCAGUAACCCGCUUUUCCCUAUUCAGGUUUUACUGCGAUUACUGCGACACGUACCUCACCCAUGACUCGCCCUCCGUGAGGAAAACCCACUGCAGUGGCCGGAAGCACAAGGAGAACGUGAAGGACUAUUACCAGAAAUGGAUGGAGGAGCAGGCCCAGAGCCUGAUUGACAAAACAACGGCUGCAUUCCAGCAAGGGAAAAUCCCACCGACGCCGUUCUCGGCACCACCUCCGGCCGGAGCCAUGAUCCCACCUCCUCCCAGCAUCCCUGGCCCCCCCCGGCCUGGGAUGAUGCCGGCCCCACACAUGGGGGGGCCCCCGAUGAUGCCAAUGAUGGGCCCACCCCCCCCGGGAAUGAUGCCAGUCGGACCCGCCCCUGGGAUGAGGCCACCCAUGGGAGGACACAUGCCCAUGAUGCCAGGGCCCCCGAUGAUGAGACCCCCCUCCAGACCCAUGAUGGUGCCAACCAGGCCGGGAAUGACCCGUCCAGACAGAUAAAGGUGGAAAUGGAGCUGCCUUUUCAUAUUGGGAUCUUCCGCAUGGCAAAUACCACAGACCCAUGUCCCUGGGGUUUUGUGCUGGGUGUGUGCAGGGGCUCUGCCCUCACCUCAGCAUGGACACCCCCUGCACUGACUGCUGGAUGGGGUCUGGCUUUUGGGGCGUUCUUUUUAGUUGUGUUAUAUUUUACCCCCCACUGAGUCGUAAAAAUAACAAUAAAACAUUGAUGUUGUUUCCAUA